ACGAGACCCACUUUAGUUGUUUCCUUGUUCUGUUGUGUAUCUAUCUAUCUAUCUCGGAACCCUAAGGGCAACUCAACCCUUUUCUUUUCUUUAUUUCUUUGUGGAUCUGUGGCCGCGGUUAGAGUUGCGAUGGAUCGCAAGAGAGGAAGGCUUGAAGAUAACUUCAAUGGUAAUGGCGGCGCUAAGAAAUUCAGGACAGAAACGGACUCCUUUGGAACUGGUUUAGGAAGCAAAUCGAAGCCAUGCACAAAGUUUUUCAGCACCUCUGGCUGUCCAUUUGGUGAGGGAUGCCAUUUCCUGCAUUAUGUUCCUGGUGGCUUCAAAACUGCCUCUCACAUGACCAAUGUUGGUAGCAAUCCUGCUAUUCCACAAGUUGGUAGAAAUCCAACUGUUCCACCAUCGUUCCCUGAUGGAUCUUCUCCUCCAGUCGUUAAAACCCGAUUGUGCAACAAGUUUAAUACAGUUGAAGGUUGCAAAUUUGGUGACAAAUGUCACUUUGCUCAUGGUGAGUGGGAGCUUGGCAGGCCUACAGCACCACCAUAUGAAAAUAGUCGUGCCUUGGGACAAAUGCAAAGCAGCAGGGUUGCUGGGCGAGUUGAGCCCCCACCCGCUCAUGGAGCUGCUGCCGGCUUUGGAGCCUCAGCCACUGCAAAGAUUAGUAUCAAUGCUUCCCUAGCUGGAGCUGUCAUUGGAAAAAAUGGUGUCAACUCUAAGCAAAUCUGUCGCGUAACAGGAGCUAGACUUUCCAUUAGGGAACAUGACUCAGAUCCUAACCUUAGAAACAUUGAGCUUGAAGGCAGUUUUGAUCAGAUCAAACAAGCCAGUGCCAUGGUUCAUGAACUUAUUCUAAAUGUUAGUUCUGUCUCUGGGCCUCCAAUGAAAAACAUUGCUACCCAGGGUUCUACCCCUGCAAGCAACUUCAAGACCAAGCUAUGCGAAAACUUUACUAAAGGUUCCUGCACUUUUGGAGAUAGGUGCCACUUCGCACAUGGAACAGAUGAAUUACGCAAGCCUGGAAUGUGAUACGAUACACUUAUAAUUUAGUUUUACGUGAAUUUUCUAGUUUUUGAAAUUUUUGUCAGUCAGCUUUUCUAACUUGCCGCAUGGUAACUAAUUUCAGCUUCUAAAAUUCAAUUGCCUUCUGCUA